AUGGAAACUUCAGAUGUAAUUUUGAUGUUUUGGACCAGGUCAAAAUUUGUGAAGAUAUUCAACCUGCUGGAAAAGGACCUUGGAUCAACGAGUUGGAGCAUUAUGGAAUUAAUGCUCUCCGAUGUAAACGAUUCUUCCAAUCCAAUUCACAUACUCAUUGGUGCUGACAUCAUGGGCAAGCUGUUGACUGGUCACCGUAGAGAACUAAGUAGUAGUCUUUUCACUUUGGAAUCGAAACUAGGGUGGAAAGUGAUGGGGAAAAUUGCCUCAGAAAAUCAAAAGGAGGAACACUUAGCCUUGUCUGUGAUAUUCUUAUUUGUUAAAGAUGCUGAUAUUUCAGAUUUGUGGAAGCUGGAUUCGACUGGUAUCAAGGAUCCCAUCGAAAGAAAAUCCAGAGCUCAGAAAGACUUGGAAACCAAGCGAUAUUUUUUAGAAACUGUCGAAUCUAAAGAUGGUCGUUAUGAAGUAUCAUUACCAUGGUCUGAUGAUAAAGCUCCACUGCCAGAUAAUUUUCCCUUGGCGAAAGAAAGAUUGGAGAAAGUUACUCUGAAACUGAUUUCCAGAGGACUGUAUAAAAUUUAUGAAAAGGUUUUUCAAGAUUGGUUAUCUGACGGAAUGAUAGAAAUAGUCCCAGAAGAUAAAGAGAAGUUACCUGGACAUUAUUUACCACACCAUCUUGUAUUAAAGGAAAGCAGCACUACACCCAUUCGUCAAGUUUUUGAUGCGUCAGCUAGAAUGAAAAAGCAACCUCCUUUGAAUCAAUGCUUAGAGACUGGACCAAAUCUCAUCGAAGUUAUCACUGAUAUUCUGCUGAGUUUUCGGGAAAGAAGAAUUGGCAUUACAGCGGACAUUUGA